GUGCCAAAGUGAAUAGAAAAUUGGAUAAAAUUGGAAUAAAAUAAAUAAAUUCGCCCCAUUUUGUUGUCACUUUCUUCAUUAAUUUCCCUAUAAAUAAUGCUUAUGGCCGGGUUCUUCCUCCACACACAAGUUUCCACUUCACGUACUUAACUUAUCUUCUCCCAAUUAAUUAAUCAAAAUCAUUAAAAAUGUUUCCAAUUUUCAAAAAGAAGCAAAAGAUUAGAGGGACAGUGGUGUUGAUGAGCAAGAAUGCCUUGGAUUUGAAUGACAUUAAAGCUGGUCCUUCAGUUAUAGGGGCAUUUGGCCUUGCUAGAGACAUUGUUGGUUCUGUUGUUGAUGGUGCUACUGCUUUCUUGAGUCGCAGUGUUGGCUUCCAAUUGAUCAGUGCCACCAAAACUGACAGAAUGGGAAACGGUUUUGUUGGAGACCAGUUCUUUCUGGAGAAACGUAUUCCAUUGUUACCAACCUUGGCAGCAAGACAAGAUGCAUUCAAUAUUUAUUUUGAAUGGGAUAAUGAUUUUGGAGUUCCAGGAGCAUUUUACAUUAAAAAUUAUAUGCAAGCUGAGUUUUACCUUGUGAGUUUAACUCUUGAUGACAUCCCUGGUCAUGACUCCAUUACAUUUCUUUGCAACUCAUGGGUUUACAAUGCAAAACAAUAUCGGAAGGACCGAAUUUUCUUUGCCAAUAAGCCAUACCUUCCAAAUGAAAUGCCACAAGCACUAGUUAAUUAUAGAGAUCAAGAAUUGGAUACUCUAAGGGGAGAUGGAAAAGGAAAGCGUGAGGAAUGGGAUAGAGUCUAUGAUUAUGAUGUUUACAAUGAUUUAGGGGAUCCUGAUAAAAGUCGGGGCCUCGCUCGUCCAAUUCUUGGAGGCUCUAAAAAAUUUCCAUAUCCUCGUAGGGGAAGAACCGGCAGAAAAACAACUAAAACUGAUUCUGCGAGCGAGAGACCAGCACCCGAUACUACCUAUGUUCCAAGGGAUGAAGUGUUUGGUCACUUGAAGCAAGCAGACUUCCUUGGAUUUGGACUGAAAGGUUUAAAUCAAAAUGUGGUACCCCAAUUUCGCAAUUUCUUUGAUUUCGACAAAGAGUUUGACAGUUUCGAAGAAGUACGUUGCAUAUUUGAAGGAGGAAUUAAGCUGCCUACCGAUCUCAUAAGCGCCAUUAGCCCUAUAGCAGUGGUAAAGGAACUCUUCCGAACUGAUGGUGAACAAUUCCUCAAGUUUCCAACUCCACAUGUCAUUCAAGUCGAUAAGUCUGCAUGGAUGACUGAUGAAGAAUUUGCAAGAGAAAUGAUUGCUGGUGUAAAUCCAUGCGUGAUUCAAAGACUAAAAGAGUUUCCACCACAAAGCAAGCUAGAUCCCAAUGUCUAUGGAGAUCAAACUAGUACAAUAACAAAAGAACACUUGGAAAUUAACUUGGAUGGACUCUCAGUAGAAAAGGCAAUUCAAGAUGAGAGGUUAUUCAUUUUAGAUUACCAUGAUGCAUUCUUGCCAUACUUGAAGGUGAUAAACAAACCAGUUCCAAAGUCUUAUGCAACAAGGACAAUCUUAUUCUUGAAAGAUGAUGGCACUUUAAAGCCAUUAGCCAUUGAACUAAGUUUGUCACAUCCUGAUGGAGAAAAAUUUGGAGCUGUGAGUAAAGUGAUGUUGCCUCCAGAUGAACCAUCUGGUGUUAAAAAAACAAUAUGGCAAUUGACCAAGGCUUAUGUAGUUGUAAAUGAUGCCUGCUAUCACCAACUCAUGAGUCACUGGUUGAAUACUCAUUGCGCCAUUGAGCCAUUCAUCAUAGCUACAAAUAGGUGUCUCAGUGUAGUUCAUCCUAUUCAUAAGCUUCUACAACCUCAUUAUCGUGAUACGAUGAAUAUCAAUGCACUUGCUCGGAGUUCGCUGAUAAGUGCAGGUGGCAUUAUAGAGCAGGCAUUUUUGCCGGGAGAAUAUGCUGUUGAGAUGUCUUCUGCCGUUUACAAGGAUUGGGUUUUCCCCGACCAAGCACUGCCAGCUGAUCUUAUCAAGAGAGGAUUGGCUGUUGAGGAUCCCAGCGCUCCCCAUGGACUUCGCCUUGUGAUAAAAGACUACCCCUAUGCUGUUGAUGGAUUAGAGGUAUGGGAUGCUAUUAAGACAUGGGUCAAAGACUAUGUCAUCUUGUACUACAAGACAGAUGCGGAAAUUCAAAGAGAUCCCGAGCUCCAAGAAUUUUGGAAAGAAGCUGUAGAGAUUGGUCAUGGUGAUCAUAAAAAUAAGCCUUGGUGGCCUAAGAUGAAUUCAAUUGAUGAGUUGGUGGAAUCCUGCUCUAUUAUUAUAUGGCUUGCUUCUGCCUUCCACGCUGCUGUCAAUUUUGGACAAUAUCCUUACGGCGGUUUAAUCUUGAAUCGACCAACUAUGACAAGGAGGUUACUUCCUGAAAAGGGAACCAAAGAGUAUGACGAGAUGGAAAAAAAUGACCAAAAGGCUUAUUUGAAGACGAUCACACCAAAGACCGAGGCCUUGAUUGACCUUACAGUGAUAGAGAUAUUGUCAAGGCAUGCUUCUGAUGAAGUUUAUCUUGGGACGAGAGAGAACAAAGACUGGACAUCUGAUGAAAGAGCAAUAACAGCCUUCAAACGGUUUGGAAACAAGAUGGCAGAAAUUGAGGAAAAAAUUGAACGCAAAAACAAAGAUCCGGAUUUGCUAAACCGACUUGGUCCGGCUAAGGUGCCAUACACUUUGCUUUGUGCUACCAGUAAGGAAGGUUUGACCAACAGAGGAAUUCCAAACAGUGUAUCUAUCUAAUUGGGGAGUUCUCAUGGAAUCCGGUGCAUUAGUGCCGGUAUGAUCGCGUCUAUCUAAGGAACUACUUAAGCCAUGUGUGUCUUUACUAGUAUUGUUGUUGCUCCUUUCAAUAAAAUACAUAGAUGAGACCGAUCUUGUCUAUGUACAAGUAUCUUUUGUUUGUUCAAAUGUUGUGUUUUGGUGUUCUAGUCUCUGGUGUUUUCUUAUGUUGUACCAUCAAAUAACACAUGCACAGAUGAACAUUAGUUUAUUUAUGCAUGAAAUGUUUAUUUUAUGUUUUAUGAAACUCCUCUUUUUGGA